AUUAUUAUUUUAGGUGAUGCAGUAAAGAAAAAAUGGAAGACAAUCCGAGACGGGUAUUUUAAAAAUAAAAGAAUAUUAAAAGGAAAGACAGGCUCCGGAAGAAUAGUUAGCAACUAUAUUUGGGCAGAGCAGCUACGCUUCUUGGAUGAUUUCAAUGUGGUUCGGCCCCGAUCUUCAAACAUAACACAAUCAAAUGAAACAAAUUCAACGGACAGCGACAACACAAAUUCACCACAACCGCCUCCUUCACCGCAACCAUCUCCUCCUCAAUCAUCUCCUGUGGCGCAGGUGCCUUCUUCAUCACAGCAUUCGCUCUCUCCGAACCCGGUGGAGCCUGAGUACUCACAAAGAGAGACUCCACCCUCAUCACAACGUAGAACAUCCGGAUCGCGACAAAGCGAAGACCCAUUAAAUAAGAUAAUUAAUUAUUUAAACAAUAAACCCAAAACUAAUAAAGCCAAAGAUUCAAUUGAUUACCUUUUCCAAAGUUACGCAGAAACAUUUAAAAAAUUUUCACCCGAGUUGCAAACCAAAAUAAAACUAGAGUUAGCCAAAUUAUUUUCCGAGGCAGAACUGCGAUCAUUACGCGAGGAAUCCUCGCGUACUAAUCAAGUAUCGUUUGUUUUGUCGCCGUCAUAUUCCAUGAUCAGCAGCGUAGACAGCCAUGAAGAAACGACUAGGGAAGUUGACAGUGAUUUUAAUAUAGUCGAGAUAGCUGUAGAACGAGAACGCUUUAAUAAUCCAGAACCUGAAUCUGACUAGAUGCUCCAUGUUUUUUGUGAAAGUUUACGUUUUAUGUUGUUACGGGAAAUACCGGAACCGAAAGUACCGGGAAUUCCCGGGAUUUUGAGCAAAGCAAAGAACCGGGAAUUUAAAAUACAAAUCCCGGUACUUUCGGGAUUUUCGGGACUAACAUUUCCAAUACAAUUUUUGACUGUUUUCUGUUACUUAGAGUGAAAUAUCAUGUUUUUUAAAGAAACAUACUUUGAUAGAAUAUCAAUUUAAGGCUGAUAAUACUAAUAAUCCAGUGAAAUUGUAGAAUUUUGUAACGUGGCUCUUCUGCGUCAAGUCAACUGCUUUUUUGCAGACUUAUUUAUGAUGUUGGCCCAAUAAAUAAUCUAAGUUUGUGACCUUGAGCGGCGAACGCAACUUUGUCAAUAAUCAAAAACCUGCGAAAAUUUCGGUUUUUGUUUAGUUGUGGGCGAUUCUAACCCUAAAGGACUAGUUUUUGAUAGUACCUUCCUGAGACGUUUUUAAAGAAGGCUAAAUUUGCUACAAUACGAGAUUAAAACUGUCUCUGUAGAUUUAAUAGUUUCCGAGAUAAAGGCUUUUAAAAUUUAGAUUAUUUUGAAAUUGAGCUCGUAAGCUGAGUGCAGUGAGUAUGCACUUUUGACUUAGGCGAUGCUGUUUGGCACGAUUGUUCAUAGGGUCAAACAAAGCUGAU